AUCGAUGUCUUUUACUGAUGUUAUUCGCUGUUACUGAUUUAUUAUUGUCCAAAUCAAUUGCUUGAAUUUAUUGCCAAUUAUUAUUGAAUGCGGAAGGGUUAGCGACUGAUUUGCCUGCCUCGCCGUACGCGUAACACAUUUGCAGCUGCAUCGACAAUUUUGUGGAAAUUUGCACAACUUUAUGACGGACUAAUUAAAUUUGCCCAGACAUCUACUGUCCUAUUAAAGUAUAAAAGUCAGGAAUAAACUAUUUGGGAAAUUAGUUGCAAGGCAGCAUCCGUCAGCAUCGUUCAGAUUUUCCGACCAAAGAUCAGCGUAUCGAAGUCAAAUAUUGCACAUUCAAUCAUGACGAGCAUUGAAACAAGUCAAGUUUUACAGCGCCUAAUCAGCCUCAAAAUUGUUGAGACACCAAAGCAACCACAACGCGAAGCCGGAAAACGUGAAUGCUAUUCGGAGGAUAUUAAGAAGACGCAUGUACCAGCUACACCCUGUUCUGGCGCUGUCACAUUUUUAACGGAACUCAAAAAGCGACGAAAAAUUAAACUAAAUCGCGUCUACAACUAUGAGACAGACAAACACUUUAUUAAAGCACGCAAAUCGCUUAAUUUUUAACAUAACUAAUAGUUUUGAUGUAAUCAGUAGCAAUAAUCACCUUUGAUUUUAAAUCAAAUAUAUUUUUCUGAAUCAAAUACAAAUAAAAAUGUUCAUGCCUUAUUUCUAAAUUGUAUAUUUCGCGCUUUAUGGUAUAUUAUGUGGUCAAAUAAAAUUUUUGUGGUCACACUGGUCCUAUUGCUGUUAUUCACCACGGCCGAAUCCCAGAACCGGUGUGAAGGCUUUGCUCGAUUAUUUGUUCAGGCAGCAAAAAGGAUUCGACAAAAUACAUUUCUUAUUCCAUCAGACACAAUGAUAUGAUAUUAGAGUCUGAAUAUUUCUUUAGCUGUGAAUGAAUUUAAGUCAAACACGUAGUUGAGAAUAGAAAAUAUAUUUACAUUCAAAUUUUAUUUUUAA